AUGAAACUCCGGCUCGUCAUAUCACCACGGCGCGCUCCCCUAGGAGAUCUAUCGCGUAACCAUCUCCAGGGUUUGCUCGAUGAGUUACCGGGCAGAUUGCCAUCAUACAAUCGAAAGCAGCUUCUGGAUGACCUUUGCUUCCUCUUGCGCAGCCCUCUCUUCCUCUACGCCAUAAGUCCACGAUUACGUCACGCGACAAAUCCGUUGAGGGUCGACGGACUGAUCAAAGCAGAAGAUAUCAACAUAUACGCGCUGAAUAUGAUGAUCGUACGCGACGACAAUAGCUGGGCGACGCAAGUACUAUACGGCGGAACUUCACUCAUUGAGGGACGGCAAUACAUAACGACGGAACAGGCCGGCUAUGCGCAAAGCUUCUACUGGUUCUGCGACGAAGUGAGGUUCUUGAGCUGUGAGUUUCACGCUCGUGAGCUGGCCGCAGCGGAGGCGCUGGGUACUGCUGUCAGUAUGCAGCCGGCAGUGGUUAAGCCGGUGCAGGUCGAUCUCCGACAAACUCGUGCCAGGGCUGCGGCCCAGAAGCAGCGUCGUAUCGUCAAGCUGAGGAUAAGGUACCACAUGAUCCAUGGUAGACCAGUUCUUACGAAAGAGCUGAGGUAG